AUGGUCAAGCUCGGCAAGAAUUCCAAGCGGACGCCCGUCCGCCUACGGCACAAGAUUGAAAAAGCCUCUGCGGCGAAACAGCGGAAGCAGAGAAAGCUUGCGAAGAAGAACCCAGAAUGGCGCUCCAAGAUCAAGAAGGACCCCGGCAUCCCCAACCUGUUCCCCCACAAAGAUAAGAUCCUGCAGGAAAUCGAGGAGAAGAGACGCUUGAAGGCGGAGGAGCAGAUGCGCAUUCGGGAGGAGGCUCGCGCCCGUCGCGCCGCCGAGAAGGCACAGCAGUCCGGGCAGCAGGCCGAUCCCAACGCUCCCCAGGUUCAGGACGCUAUCGACAGCGACGACAUGCUGGAUGACGAGAUGGACGAGGAUGUUGGGGACUCGGCGAACCCCAUGGCUGCGCUGCUAGCGUCUGCGCGGGCGAGAGCCGCCGAGUAUGACGAGCAGAGUGACGAGGAGGACGACGAGAUGGACGAGGACGACGAGGACAUGGAUGGCAUGGAGGAGGACCACGAAGACGGCGGAGCAACGCUGGACGAUUCGAUCGCCCCUCAGCUGGUUGCAAACUCUUUCUCCAAGGAGAGCUCGCGGCGACAAUUCGACAAAGUGUUUAAGCAGGUGGUCGAUGCCGCCGACGUUGUGCUGUAUGUGCUGGAUGCCCGUGAUCCCGAGGGUACUCGGUCCAAGGAGGUGGAGCGGGAGGUUGUGGCGGCCGCGAACGGCCAGAAGCGGUUGAUCCUCAUCUUGAACAAGAUUGAUCUCGUGCCUCCGCCGGUGCUGAAGGGCUGGCUGGUGCACCUGCGUCGGUACUUCCCCACGCUGCCGUUGAAGGCUACCAACGGUGGCGGCAACGCGCACACCUUCGACCACAAGCAGUUGACCGUUAAGGGGACGUCCGAGACGCUGUUCCGCGCGCUCAAGACCUUUGCGCACAACAAGCAGAUGAAGCGCGCCAUUUCUGUUGGUGUCAUCGGCUACCCCAAUGUCGGCAAGUCCUCUGUCAUCAACGCCCUCACGGCCCGCCUCAACAAGGGCUCCAGCAACGCCUGCCCCACCGGCGCCGAGGCUGGCGUCACCACCAGUCUGCGCGAGGUGAAGCUGGACAGCAAGCUGAAGCUGAUCGAUUCGCCUGGUAUCGUCUUCCCCAACGCCGAGAAAAGCAGCAAGAAGGGCAAGAAGAAGCAGGAGGAGCAGGCCCGUCUGGUCUUGCUGAACGCUAUCCCCCCGAAGCAGAUUGAGGAUCCCAUUCCGGCCGUGACUCUCCUGAUCAAGCGUUUGUCGGCCUCGGAGGGUCUCAUGUCGAAGCUGCUGCAGCUGUACAACCUUCCCCCGCUGUUCCCGAGUGGCGGCGACCAGACCACAGACUUCCUGAUCCACGUCGCCCGGAAGCGUGGUCGUCUGGGCAAGGGUGGCGUGCCGAAUCUGGACGCCGCCGCCAUGACCGUGAUCAACGAUUGGAGAGACGGACGUAUCCAGGGAUGGGUGAACGCACCUGUGAUCCCUGUGGUGACUACGACAGAGGGAGCUACUGCUGCCGAGGGUGUGGACACGAAACAGGUCGUCACCGAAUGGGCGCAGGAGUUCAAGAUCGAAGGGCUGUGGGGUGAUGGCGCGGAUGAUGAGGAGAUGGCCGAGUAA